AUGGCGGAAUUAACUACUCUAAUUAACAUCUAUAAACCACCGAAUGAGAACUGGCCAUCACCACCUCUACCACACAUCAGUCACCCUACAGUUGUCACAGGUGAUUUCAACAGGCAUCAUUUAGACUGGGGUUACAGAACGAACAAUACAGCUGGUGAAGACAUCAGCACAUGGACAUUACAAAAUAAUAUGCAUCUAUUGUUUGAUCCGCGAGAAAAGGGCACUUUCUUCUCUGCAAGAUGGCAAAGAGAAUACUCUACUGACCUAAUAUUCGUAUCCAAGGAUAACGAUGACAUACCACUCUAUUCCUCUCGUCAAGUCCUCGGUUCAUUCCCCAAAAGCCAACACAGACCUCUUCUUAUCACAAUAGGUCUAAAUAUUCCCAUCACACCAUCUCUCCCUAAACCUAGAUGGAAUUUCCAAAAAGCAAAUUGGAGUGAUUUCAAUAAGCCCAUAGAGUGA